AUGGUUCAGCGACUUACUUUCAGACGCCGCCUCUCAUACAACACAAAUUCCAACCGCCGCAAGGUCUCAAAGACUCCCGGUGGAAAGUUGGUUUAUUUGUACCAGAAAAAGCUUGCAAAGACACCAAUAAGUGGUGAUUACAAAACCAAGCUCAGGGGGGUGGGGGUGCGAUCUGUGCGUCCCCACAAGCUGAGUGCUUUGAGCAAACGCCAGAAGACAGUCAGUCGUGCAUAUGGAGGAUCACUGUGCCACAAAACCAAGCUCAGGGGGGUGCGAUCUGUGCAAAGAAUCAUUCGUGCUUUCCUCAUUGAGGAACAGAAGAGCAUAGCCAGGGUCCUCAAGGCACAAGAGGCCAGCAAGAAACACUAG